AUGUCUACCUGCGUUGUGCCAAAGGCCCUGUGUAUAUUUUGGUUCAAUUUGAAAGGCAUUGCUAUGGCUGGCUGCUUCAUCCAGACGUUCUUCCUUGACAUGUUUUCUGUUAUGUACUCAGCCAUCCUUGUGACAAUGGCCUUUGAUCGCUACGUUGCCAUCUGCCACCCUCUGAGAUACACCACCAUCCUCAGCAACACACGGAUUGCUAUGUUAGCGCUUGUGGGUUUGGGCAGAGCUGUUCUCUUUGUUUUUCCUGAGCCUCUGCUCCUGAGCAGGCUGCCGUUCUGUGCCAACCGCCUCAUCCCCAACACAUACUGUGACCACAUGGCUGUGGCAAAGACAUCAUGUGGGGACAUCACAGUCAACAGGGUUUAUGGCUUGGUCAUAGUCUUUGUAGUCAUUGAAUUAGAUGUGACGCUCAUUGCUCUGUCCUACAGUCUGAUCAUCAGGUCUGUCUUCCAAUUGUCCUCCAAAAAAGCCCACCGGAAAGCCCUCAACACCUGCACGGCCCAUGUCUGUGUGAUGCUGAUUUCAUAUUGUUCCUGCCUCUUCUCCAGCCUGACACAUCGGUUUGGUCAGGGCAUCGCUCCGCAUGUUCACAUCAUCUUGGACAACCUCUAUAUCACCGUCCCCCCCAUGCUCAAUCCUAUCAUAUAUGGGGUCAAAACUAAAGAGCUUCGGGACAAAGUGGGCAAAUUCACCUGGAGAAUGUGA